GAAAGUUGUACGUCAAAACAAAUCAAAAUAUAUUUUUUAAUUUAAAGUUUAUACAAAUUUCAAUGUGUUUUGUAUUUUGUAAUUACAAACUAAUUUUAAAACUAUUACUGCGUGAUUGACUUAUUUAAGGAAUAAAAUUAUAUUUAGUACAAGUGCGUUACAUAAUGAAAAUUUCAGAGCUGCCUGGUGAUGAAGAUUCUGGUCUAACAUGUCGGACCUAUGUUAUUCAAAAUGAAACUCAUACAUUAGGAAAUGCUUUAAAAUGCAUAGUUGAUAGAUAUGAGGAUGUUCAAUUCUGUGGAUAUACAUUACCUCAUCCUGCUGAGUCUAAAAUACACUUCAGGAUACAAACACAUGAAACCCCAGCUUUAGAAGUCCUUAAAAGAGGUCUUAAAGAUUUACAAAAGCUCUGUGAUCACACCUUAAAUUUAUUUGAAAGAGAAGUAAAAGAAUUUAACAAAACAUAACUAUGUUUAUUACUUUUAACACAUCCAAGUUUUAAUACAUCAGACACAUCUAUUAAAAUUUACCUAAUAACUGUAAUGUAUUCAAGUAAGCUAUGUAACAGUAUGAGACUAAUUGAUUACAUCAAUUUUAUUUUGAUGAUUGAGAGAUUCCCCCUUAGUAUGUCUCAGAACAAAAAGCAUAAAAGCUGUUUUAUUGUACUGUAAAUGUUAUUUAUUGAAAAAGGUCAAGUCGCGAAUAAACCAUUAUGUUAUUUAGAUAAUAGUUGAAGAAAAACAAUAAAACUGGUGCAACUG